AUAAGCUCUAAAGUCGUAUUCACAUUCACCACAAAAUAUACUACAAUAUUAAACUUGUGUUCUAUGCCACAAACCGUCACAAACUCUUUAGCGACACUCAUAAAACCACGUAGACGAAACAAGCAACACCAAUCAAUCCUCCUUCCAAUCUACUUAUAUGACAAUAUUAUCAAUAUACCAACCCCACCCCAACUCACAACCUCAAUAAUGUUCACCUUACCCCAACACCACCUCCACCAAGCCACCACCAUCCGCUACCGUCACAAUCGCGACCACCGUAUCUAUUGUGCCAUCACAACUCAAGUAAAAACAAGACCAAAACUAGAACCACUAGUCAUCAACACCACAACACUUGCUACACCUCCAAAAGCGGACGACCCAAGUCUUAAAUCAACUUGGUCCCACCGUGCAUGGGUGGGCGCUGGGUGCGGCACUGUGCUCGCUUCCCUGGCGAGCUCAGUCGUUGGGUCAUAUGACUCACACAUAUGGCUUGAGCCCGUUUUAUCCGGGUUCAUUGGCUACUUGUUUGCGGACCUUGGGUCUGGAGUAUACCAUUGGGGCAUCGACAACUACGGCGAUGCCUCAACUCCAGUAUUUGGCACGCAAAUUGAUGCGUUCCAGGGCCAUCAUAAAUGGCCCUGGACCAUUACUAAACGCCAGUUUGCAAAUAAUUUACACGCGCUAGCGCGUGUAGUUACUUAUAUAGUGCUACCGAUUGAUCUGGUCUUCCAUGAUCAACCGGUGGUAAUGGGGUUCGUGGGGAUGGCUAGCGGGUGCAUCAUGUUUAGCCAGCAGUUCCAUGCUUGGGCUCACGGGACUAAGAGCAAGCUGCCCGCGGUCGUGGUGGCGUUGCAAGACGCUGGGGUGUUGGUUUCCCGGUCGCAACACGCGGCUCACCACAAGCAGCCGUAUAACAACAACUACUGCAUUGUGAGUGGGGUUUGGAAUAGGUUUUUGGAUGAUCAUAAGGUGUUUGAGGCUCUAGAAAUGGUGAUAUAUUUCAAGCUUGGGCUCCGGCCACGGUCGUGGAAUGAACCGAACUCCGAUUGGACGGAGGAGGCGGAGGAUUCUCCGGUGACUUAUGUUACAUGAUACAUGUUAUUACUUAUUUUUUUAAGAUUCAAAAUUAUAUAUGAAGUAUAUAUACCAUUGCUAAUUGCAUUAAUUCUUUGUUACCAUGAAGAAACUUUAAUUUGAGACGUUA